GACAUUUGUUGUUAUUUUCGUCGAAGAGUCAACACGAGGACUUAAAAAGUUGCAUUUUUCUUGAUAAAUUGACGGAUAUUUACUUUUCUGAUGUGUAAUCACAAUGGCAAUGAUUGACAGUUCGAACAUCUUGGAUAUUUCUGGCCGAUCACGGCGUGUGUUACAGAGUCCAGGCAAAAACUACGACGGGGAAGGCGAGAGAAACUUGGAGUUGCGUGGGAUCUUCGAAGUUCUCAGUGCAUACAGAGACUACGAGGGUGGAAUAAACUGCAGCAAAUGUGGUAAGCUGUACAAAAGCAAAGUGUGUUUCAUCAAACAUUUGUGGGAGCACAGUGUUUACUGGGACCUGUUUCCUGGUGACAAGAACCACGAGCGAGUUUUGGCUAUACAAGCAGCCCUCAUCCUUUACUCUAGAUACCUGGGUGUCACACAGGAAGAUGCGGAAAGACUACGGGACCUGUUAGUUACAUCACCGAGCGGACACGAUGCAUCAGUAACACAGACAACGCCAAAGAAAGGGAAACCAGCACACACAUCUCUAAUGCCAACUUCUCCAAAAACUGUGCGACAGGUUUCGCACUUUCAGUCACCACACAAAGAAAUGCUUGAGAACACACGACCUGUCCAUUAUCCAGCCAGCACCCAGCUCCUAUCCCCUGUCACGCCUGAGAAAGAGUUUGAACCUAGACUUGUUUGUCCAGCAACACCGAGGAAAGAUAAACGCAAAUCAGCAGCAGCAAAAUUGCAGCGCACAUCAAAGAAAAAGCGUAGGCUAUUACUUGAGUGAAAACAAUAUAAAAAAAUGCAGACACCUUUUGAAAAAUGUGUUCAGUAAGAUAAACUUUGCCCCAGUUGUGAUGGAAACAUUGUGAGAAAUAAAUGUAGCUGUAUUCUUGCAAGUGUUGAAAUAUAGCAAUUUCUUUGUGCUUGUUGUUUGCUAGUUAAAAGGGUUUUAAAAGUGUUAACUGUAAUUACCAUUUGUUAUUUGUUAGUGCUUGCCAUGUUGAAAUUAUUGUAACUGUUAUUUUUAUCCGCUCCCAAAAGGUGGAGGGAGAUAUAAUUGGCGUUGUCCGUCUGGCUGUUCAUUGAAGCGUCUGUCCGAAAAUGAAAAUGCUUAUAAUUCAAAAAGUUAUUUUAGCUAGAAUCAACAAACAUUUAUAUAACUAUAUAGCACAUGACCUUUGCUCACCUGUAGUAUUAUCCCACUUGACUUAGUAAAAACGGCUUUUCCCUGUGAUUUGGUAAAUAUUAAGGAUGUUUGACUGUGUGUAAGUAACCUUUUGGUAGAUUUUUAUGAAUCUUUACACAAAUGGAGAUCACUAUUGGGCAGUGAUUCAUGCACAACUUUAAUCAGGAUCACUUUAGUUACUUUUAGAGUUAUUGCCCUUCAGUUGUUUUACAGUCCAUGAAUACUGAUUGGCCUUUUCUCACAUUUAAUAUUAUCGCCCUUGAUCCACUAAAGGUAGAGCUUUUCUCCUUGAUUGGCCCCAUGUGGUUCUGGGACGAUCUGUGUAUGAAAAGAAUUGAAACCACUGCCUUACCCUUGCAUGAUAGUAAGAGGGGACUAAUAGGGUCUUAACACUUGGUUUUGCAGUAACUCUGUGAUUCCAGCAGGUAUGCAAAUUUUGAUUCCAUACCUCAUGUUUUUAUUUCGAUGUAAAUGAGAUGUGGAACCAAAAUUUGUAGUCCUGUUUGGCGCCAUACAACCUAUACUGUGUUGGUGCGCCGUAAAACCCAAAUAAAUAAAUAAAUUUCCCCUUGAUUGAGUAAAAAUGUCUUUGAUUGGGAUCACUUCAGUAAAUUCAGAGUUAUCCCCCCUAAUUGUUUUACAAUCCACAGAUUCUCACAUUACAAAGUAAUCCAUUGAUGGAUCUUCAUCAAAUAAAAAAAAAAUAAGAUGGUUAUGUGUGAUGGUGCGUGCACAUCUUUCAUCAGGAUCUUUUCAGCAACUGCCCAUAAAUUGUUUAAAAAAUCAGAAAUAUAUCUGGAAAAUAAAUAUCCCCCUUAUUCACAAAACUAGCUAUUCAGCGGGGGAUAUAAAUUCACAGAAUUUUUGUGUGUGUG